AUGUGCAGGCUUACAGCGAUAGCCCUGCUGCUGUUGGGCUUGUCGUUGAAUUUGAAUGUGACGAAAGCCCAGCAAACCCUCACGCAGGCUGAUAUGGAUGAGAUCGCUAAAGGCAUGAGGAAAAUUUGCAUGUCGAAGCACAAAAUCACCGAAGAUAUGGCCAAUUAUCCCCGACAGGGCAUUUUUCCAGAGGAUAAUGAAUUCAAGUGUUACGUAGGAUGUUUGAUGGAUCUUUCUCAAACCUCUAAGAAGGGUAAACUCAACUACGAUGCAGCACUUCGACAAAUUGAACUGCUCCCCGAAGAGUACCGACAACCGUUCCGGCUAGGGUUAGAUUCUUGCCGUAACGCAGCCAACAACAUCAGCGACAGGUGUGACGUCGCCUACGAGUUGCUGAAAUGUUUCUUCAAAGCUAGCCCAAAGUUCUUUUUCCCCUAGUGGCGAUAAUACUUCACCUGCUUUGAAUGUUAGGAUUUGUAGCGGUUGUAAGGAAUAUUGACUAG